CAUAACAAGAACGAAGUGCACAAUUUGUUAGUAGCUUUUCCUUAUUUGUAUUUUACCACCUCUAGAGAAAAAUUUUGGUAAGUAGUAAGGAAUUUGUUCAGUUAGUUAGGCAAUAUCCAAACAAUUCAUUUAAAUAUGCACAUAAAUGGAAAGAUACCGUUCUUUGAUUUUGAUGUAGUACUUGAUACUGAUACUGAGCAUCAUGGGCUUUUAGUACUAGUAGCAGUUACUCUGAGAUAGUGAACUUGGACUUGGUUUAGUUAGUGUUGUCAGUUGUCUGCUUAGUCCGGAAUUUUUAAAAUAAAAUAGUGCGUUAGAGUUAGUUACGGUUCAGGUAGCUAAUGUUCGAUAGUCUGAUGCCUCACUCUCGGAAGGCAGGUACUCUCUAAAAAUAAAGUUUAGGGCAUAUAAACAUUUUAAUAUUUGGGAUAAUUUAAAACAAAUUUUUUUUUAUAAAUUAUAAAGUCAAAGUUUAAAUUUUAAAGUUCCACUUGCCACGCCCACACUGACCGUGGCAAAGAGCCACCAAAAAACAUGUUUCAUUAGUUAAACUUGUCUUUAAUUAAAGUAUAUUUAAAUAAAGUUGCAGUGUCUGCCCUGCUAUAAUUAAUAAUUUAAAUAAUAAUAAUAUAGCCACAACACUUAAUUAACAUCACUAUACUAUACUUAUACUAAGUAUAAGUAAGGAUUAGUGAAAAAAAACAAGAUGAAUGAGAAUGAUUCAUGAAUAUUAAAUCAUAUAUGGACCAUUAUCUGUGUCAUUGUGGAUAGUCUUAUAAAUUAUUAGCUAUAAGUUACUUAUUAGUUAUAAGCCAUUACUCUAAAAAUAACACACUGGUGAAAACAUAGUCAUUAAAAAAAAAAACGAAGUGUCUACACGUCCGGCGCGCCGGACGUGUAGUGCGCAAGAUACACGUCCGGCGACUUGUCACGUGACCGCCGGACAUGGCCGGACGGCUAGUAGUUUUUAUAAUUCCAAACGAAGUACGAUUUAGUACAUCUUGUCUGGUCUUGUGGUAGAGUGGUUGCUUGACGAUAGGAAUGUUUGAGGAUCUAUACCGGGGAUAGGGUCGUUUUUUUUCUUCCCAUUUUAAUUAAAAUAUUUUGUAUAUAUUUAUAUUAUCAUGUUCCUCAGCAACAGUAGUUUCAUGAGAAGUUUUUAAAUAUUUUGUAGCAAUUGAAAUAAUUUAAAAUGAAAUCUUUAACUUUUAUUGGUUGCCACACUGGCCCCUAAUUUAUUUUAUGGAUUACUGGUACACAAAAUCUAACAAACUAAACAAAAAUGUUUACAAGCCACUUUCACUUAAGUUUCUUUUUCUAUUAUUUGCAUUCAAGAUACUCAGUACAUUACUUGGUAGAGAAAUAGAUUUUAAAAUUAACAAUAGUUUUGAAUUAUUCGCAGUCACGUGACAAGGCUGACCGACACGAUAUCUCUCGCCACUUUGUUACGGCGGUCAUGUGACUUGGUCGCCGGACACAUAGUGCGGGAGAUAGACGUCCGGCGCGUGUAGACACUGCCAAAAAAAAAAUUCUGAUAUUAGCUCUAUCUUAUUUUAGUGACUACAUCUAAUUCUAUCAUUUACAAUAGAGCCAAAAUUAUGGAACAGUUUGCCUCAAUCUUUGAGGGGAAUUUUAAAUGAUUAAAAAUCAUAUAAGAAACAAUUUAAAACUUUUUUGUUUAAAUAGAUUUUAGAGGACCAGAGCGCAGUGAGCAUGCUAAAGUGGCAUGGAUACCAGCGCAAUAUAAAUAUCAAAUCAAUAAUUAUUAUGCCAUGCUUUCAGGAAAUGUAAAAAAAAAAAAUACAACCCAUAGAUAUCACAUUGUAGCCCUCUUUGGCUAAUGAUACUCAGCAUCAGAUUUCUCAAUGGAGUAGGCCCCCAUAUUUCAAUGGGAUGACAAAUUAAAUCAUAUCUAACUUUGAUAAGAAAUUCAAAUGACAUUCUUACAUUGUAAAUAAAUUAUCCUAAAUCAUUUGAAUUUUUUAUUUUCAAAACCACUGUUGCAGUGUUAUUACAUACACAAUAUUUAUAGAUUAAACACUUCUAAAAAUAUUUCUGAAAAGAAGGGGCAGCAGAAAGGCAGUGACCUAUGACCUAUACAUACAGUUCAGCUUGCUGUGUAUCCAUUUAAACCUUAAAAUAAAAAUGAGGAAUUUUUUGUAUUUUUUUUCAUGUAAUCAUUUGUUUUCACUUCAUCUGUUUAAUUACCACCCCUUUUGUAAAAUUAAAGUUGAGGUUAACAUUUGUCACAAGACAGUCUUACGAAACAAAGCUGCUCCUAUGUUUAAUUUUUGUAUCUCAUUGUUGGUCGGCAGCCGACCAUCUUCUUGGGUUGAUGAUGCAGCUUCUUUUUAUUGACAUGUCAAUGGGUGACUCAUCAGACCGAUCCUGGAGUGGCAGUCUCUGCUGCAUUUUUGGCUGGACAAUUUGUCGGUUGGCUUAAAAUGGCUAAACCAUGGGCAAAACCAUGUGAAUUAAAUUAUCCUUACUUCCAAAAAUAACUAUUUCAGAUACAUUUAAAUAUUAAAACAGGGACAGAAUUUCAAAACAUGUGCCUUUUUCUUAUUUUCCUUAAUUGUGAUUUAUUUAUGCAACUUUUCUAAAUAACUGAGAAUAUUUUCAUUUUCCCCAAGAGUAUUGGACAACUACGAACAUGGCUUCCAGGGGAACCCAAGAGACAACCAAACUAAAACAUAACAUGGAGGAGCAGUUAGACAGACUUAUGCAGCAGUUGAUAGAUCUAGAGGAGUGCAGGUAGGCAGCAAUGUAGCAUAUAGGUAGGUAGCAAUGGAGCAUAUUGCAACUGAGGUUGACUCCCAAGCCGUUAUUAGGAUUUUGGGGGGCCCUAGUCAUGGAGCCUAGGUAGGGGGCCCGGGAAGGUGGGAUCCAGGGGGUGGAGCUCUCCUGGACCUGAGAAAACAACAGAAAAAAAGCGCCCGGUGAGGCCCCCUUGGCAUGGGGUCCUAGGUGGUCACCUGGUUUGCCUAUGCCUAAGAACGGUUAUGUUGACUCCAACAUGGUUUCUUGCUUUGCAGUUGUUCCAUUGGGAUCAAUAAAAUACUGUAUUAUUGUGGAUGGCCAUAGUGGGGGAUCAAUCUAGAAUCUCAAAGAAACAGGUUUUAUAAAAAAUAAAAUAUCAAGCCAACAAAAAAUAAAAUCUUUUAUUUUGAACAAAAUAUAUUCAUAUAAACUUGUGUACAUGGAGUCUAAGACACCAUCUUAAUGGACUGUAAAAAAAAAAGUCAAAUAAUUCUUUUGCAUCUAUUAUUACAUGUGAUCAGGUGUGUUGUUUCUGCAUAAAGAACUAAAAAGUUAAAAUAAUUUUUUGUAAUUUUAUAUUUCACCCACCCACCACCCUUACCUAAAUGUACUGUUCUCUUGACGUUCUUAAUGCUGAUAUAACAUAUAUACCAAUGAUAUCCAGAGCCCAGGCAGCACCGUUCCAAUCAUUAAAAGUUGCUGAUGGUACCACAAUCGUUAGCUCAAUAUCUGAAGAGGAAAAUUUAUAAAACGACUUAGUUACAAACUUUAUGAGUUGGCGUUAGGAAACAUUUCGUCAGUUGAUGUUUCAAAGACAAAAGACAUUGUUGUUUAUUUCCGGGGAAAGGGGGGGGGGGGGGGGGGGGGUAUGGAAAUUUCACAAUAAAAAAAAUCACAGAAAAGAGCAAGUAGAGACAUUUAUAAGAAACUAAGUGUCACCAUUAUUAAUGAAUUAACUUGGCAUGAACAUGCCAAAAUUCUGUAUAAAAAAGUAAACCAAAGAAUUUUGGUGUAAAUAAACAAGUUAUUAACUUAUUCUACAGUGCAACAAUUGGAAGCCUACUAAACUUCAGUUUACCAUGUUGCUCAUUAGGACUUCAUCGUCUGACAUCAAACACAGAUUAAAUAGACUAAUGAAGAAAGCUAGUAAUAUCACACAAAGUAAACAUCCUUCACUUGAAGAACUAUUUGAGAAAAAAUGCUGUUGUAAACUAAACACAUUUUUUGGAUAAUGCAUCCCACCCAUUUAAUCAUAGAUACCUAAGAUCACAUCCCACCCUUUUCAUCAUAGAUACCUAAGAUCACAUCCCACCCUUUUCAUCACAGAUACCUAAGAUCAGCUUGAUCAGGGUGAAUUCCUUUCCAUAAAGUUGAUUUACCAGCAUGCUCCCCCAGUGGUUACUAUGAUCACUAAUUAAGUAACUGUUGUCACUAAUGCAGUUAAGGUUUUUGGUAUACUAGCCAAUAUAUCUGGCUUUACUCUGGGUUUGUAUUCGGAAAAAACUUCUAAAGCCUUAUAAACGUGAAUGUAAUUUUAGUGCCCUGUCAAAACAAUUCUCUAAAGUACCAGUUAAAUUUUUAAAAAAUUUACUAUAAAAAUCCACAUUUAUUAUAAAACUUAUAAACAUUGAAUUUGGGGCUAACCCCAUUUCAAUUGAUAUUAAAAGACAAAUGUAAUUUUUAAAAAUUGUCUUAUUAACAGAUGUAUUCAUCAGAAUCAAAUCUACGGUUGCUUUUCAAUUAAAAUAAAAUAAUGGGGUUAUUUUAGUUAUCCAUAAGAUGGGUGCAGUGGCGUAGGCGUAGCUAGGGGUGUGCGGACCGCACUGGAUGACACCAGCCCUAGCUACGCCACUGCAUAAGGGCACUAUAAAAAUGAUUUAGAUAAAUAUUAAAGUUGAUUUUUUAAAUUUCUCCCCUUACAAUCUGAAGGAAUUUGCAAAGAUGUUACCUUUAAAAUUUUACUAAUGUGGCCCAGGGCAGCAAAAAAACAUACUCUUUAAUGCUUUACAGCACUGAGUAUUUUAGGCAGGAUAAUUUUAAAAAAACUUUAUUUGUAAUAUGAUAUAUCCCAUCAUAUUUGGUAGUAAACUUUAUUUGUAAAAAUUUCCCAUUUUAUUAGGUAGAAAACUUUAUUUGUAAAAAUGUCCCAUGAUAUUAGAUAGAAAACUUUAUAUGUAAAAUGUCCUGUGAAAUUAGGUAGAAAACUUUAUUUGUAAAAAUGUCCCAUCAUAUUAGCUAGAAAACGCCCAAGCUUAAGCUUUUUAUUUAAAUAAAAUUUGGACCCUCCCAGCACAAAAAGAUGGGGAUAUUUUUAGUUUGAAAUCCACCUAUAUUUUAUAAAGGAUUAUGGAUUGUAUGUUUACCAAGUUUGACCUAGAUGCCACAAUUGACAUUGAAGCUUGAAUUGUAACAAAACAUCUUCUUGUUUAGCUUUAGUUAUUAGAAUGAAAAUACACAGUGGAACCAUCUACACUCACUCGAAACUAUCGAGAAACUUCAAAAAUGUCUUUAAAUUUAAUUUAAUAACAUUUGAAGAAACUCAUGGAGACCUAUGGAAACAUAAGAAACAUAAAAAGUAUUUUUAUAUUACCUUAAAACCCUUUUUUAACAAAAAUAGAACAUUUUAAAAUAAGGUAGAAAAUUCAAGAAACUUAAACAAAAAUUUUUUAAACUUGUGAAAGGUCAAUCUUUUAUAUGAUCAUUGUUUCAAUAAUAAAGCUUCGAAAAAAAAAAGUCCCGUAACUCUAGACGUUUUCCAUUAAAGUUUUAAAAACAGGAGUAGGGGUUGGGGACCCUUUCUAAAAGGUUUUAAUUAAGAUAGGGACCCUAAAUAAUUCAUCCGAUAAAUAGUCAAGUUAAAAAUGUAAAAGCAGUCCCAUUAAAAUCUGUUGAAAAAUGUAAGAGAUACAGUGUUCAUCAGGAAAAUGAUAUUAGGGACCUUGAUCCCAACAGGGGUGAAUAUUAUGAGUUUAAAAUCCUCCAGUAUUUAAAUAUGCAUUUUUACCAAGUUUGGUCUAGAUAUAUCAAAUUAAUUGUAAUUUUAUUUAUAUAGCUCAUAGAAAAAAAUGAAAUUUGGGCCCCCAACCAAUGUUCCCUUUAAGCUGCACGGCUGUGCACAACUGUAUGAUUUUCCACACGAACCAGCAAACCUUAGAGGGAUCAUUGCCCCCAACCCUGAACGGGAUAUUAAAAAAAAAAAUUUAAAACACUGUCAACAUUUCCUUCUGGAUAAGGAAGUGAAACAACUACGUAUCCCAAGUUUGAUCUAUUAAUCCAUGUAUAAAUGUAUGCAGUACAGACUUAUCUUCUCAUGCAUAUAGUAGAUACAUCUUUUAUCAGAAAGAUACAUGGAUAAACAUUUGAAAUCUUAUUAAGAGAUUUAAAUUACCAUUUUUAAAAAUUUCGUACAUACAUCUAAUUUAAAACUCUUUGUUUACACAUUGAUGAAUAUUGGUCGGUAUCAUGUUUUAUGUUUUUUUUAUGUUCAGUAUUUUGCACCGUUUUUAACUGUAACAAUUCUUUGUCAUUAACUGUAACAAUACUUUAUCAUUAACUUUAACAAUACUUUGUCAUUAACUGUAACAAUACUUUGUCAUUAACUGUAACAAUACUUUGUCAUUAACUGUAACAAUACUUUGUCAUUAACUGUAAUAAUUCUUUGUCAUUAACUGUAACAAUACUUUGUCAUUAACUGUAACAAUACUUUGUCAUUAACUGUAACAAUACUUUGUCAUUAACUGAUACAAGUAAGAAAUCUAGACAUAAACUUAUAUUUUAUGGCAUUUAAUAAGAUUAUAAUGAAUGUAAAACAUGUAAAUAUUUAAUUAAAAAAGAUCAAUCUACUAUGGACUUAAAUUGUUUGGUGUGUAACAAAUUGUGCCACUCAGACACUGUGCCACUCAGACACUGUGCCACUCAGACACUGUGCCAUUCAGACACUGUGCCAUUCAGACACUGUGCCAUUCAGACAUUGUGCCACUCAGACAUUGUGCCACUCAGACACUGUGCCACUCAGACACUGUGCCACUCAGACACUGUGCCACUCAGACAUUGUGCCACUCAGACAAGACAAUGUGCCAUUCAGACACUGUGACAUUCAGACACUGUGCCAUUCAGACAUUGUGCCACUCAGACAUUGUGCCACUCAGACACUGUGCCACUCAGACACUGUGCCACUCAGACACUGUGCCACUCAGACAUUGUGCCACUCAGACACUGUGCCAUUCAGACAUUGUGCCAUUCAGACAUUGUGCCAUUCAGACACUGUGCCACUCAGACACUGUGCCACUCAGACACUGUGCCACUCAGACAUUGUGCCACUCAGACAUUGUGCCAUUCAGACAUUGUGCCACUCAGACAUUUUGCCACUCAGACAUUGUGCCACUCAGACAUUUUGAUAUGUCCAUCAAAUGCACCCACCCAUUCAGUGAUGUAGUUUUACGGAUUUGAAAAGCUGAUUUGGAGCUAAUUCACAAACUUGCCAUUCUCCCUUCCCCAUGCGCUCCUCCUUUAUAAAGUUAUAAUUGGCCACGAACUAUGUGACAAUUCUAAUCUAAUGUUCACCCUCACUUAUCACAUGCAAGAAACUGUUGUUUCUCAAUUGAAAAAAGUUAUUUCAAAUAUUUCUGAAAGCCAAUAGAAUAAAGCUUUAUUUCAAAUAUUUCUGAAAGCCAAUAGAAUAAAGCUUUAUUUCAAAUAUUUCUGAAAGCCAAUAGAAUAAAGCUUUAUUUCAAAUGUUUCUGAAAGCCAAUAGAAUAAAGCUUUAUUUCAAAUAUUUCUGAAAGCCAAUAGAAUAAAGCUUUAUUUCAAAUGUUUCUGAAAGCCAAUAGAAUAAAGCUUUAUUUCAAAUAUUUCUGAAAGCCAAUAGAAUAAAGCUUUAUUUCAAAUGUUUCUGAAAGCCAAUAGAAUAAAGCUUUAUUUCAAAUGUUUCUGAAAGCCAAUAGAAUAAAGCUUUAUUUCAAAUAUUUCUGAAAGCCAAUAGAAUAAAGCUUUAUUUCAAAUGUUUCUGAAAGCCAAUAGAAUAAAGCUUUAUUUCAAAUAUUUCUGAAAGCCAAUAGAAUAAAGCUUUAUUUCAAAUGUUUCUGAAAGCCAAUAGAAUAAAGCUUUAUUUCAAAUGUUUCCGAAAGCCAAUAGAAUAAAGCUUUAUUUCAAAUGUUUCUGAAAGCCAAUAGAAUAAAGCUUUAUUUCAAAUGUUUGCACCCAACAAAAGGGCUUGAAACCCUUCAUUUAAUUCAUUAAUACAUGUUUGAAAAUGCUCUGUUCUGAAUAAAAUCUUAUUAAAAAUUCAUACAUCCAUAAUAAUUUAAAUUGAAAGUCCCUCAUAGUCAUUUAGAAAUUAUUAUUUUUAACUCUUUACUCUCUACAUUUUACGAUUUUUAAAAUUAUGUCUUUUGGUGUUAGGAGAUUAUGGUGAAACUUUCCUUGAAUUAUCUGUAGUAGGUCAGGGCCAUCUUUCGGUCAGGAGAAAUGACCUUGUUAAAUUUAGUAGUAGUCCAUUGUUUGGUUUUCUUGUGAUUGAUCAACUCAUCUACAAACAUAGUCACACUGAGCUGUCCCCAGUAAGGGAUGGCUGAUUUUUGAGCUACAUAAAUACUUUCAGAUUUCUUUUGUUUAAAUUUUUCUAAUUGUAAAAUGUUGUCCCGGUUAAAAGAUAAAUUUAUUUAUGAAAUUGAAUAUGUACAACGUAAUAAAAAUACAGACGUUUCUAGUUAUAUGUAUUAAUAAAAGAAUCUUAUCCUAUCUCAUGCUACAAAGCCGGUUGUAUUUCCAGGAGUGACCUUGAACCAGAAGAGUAUGAGGAGACCAAAAAGGAAACAGUCGAGCAAUUAAAAGAAUUUCAGGAAAAUUUGAACAAAAUGGUUGAAGGGAACCUGAGCCUGGUCGACCAGCUGAAUGGGAUGCAAUUGGUAAAUGUGUACAUUUGUAAAUGUUUGGUAAAUCACUUUGGUAAAUGAUGUUAGUAUGUGACUUUGGUAAAUCAUAAUUGGUAAAUCACGCUGGUAAAUGACUUUGGUGUAUCACUUUGGUAAUUCACUUUGGAAAUGACUUUGGUAAAUGACGUUGGAUCCAGUCAUAAAUUGGACAAAAUAUUCUCAAUUAAUCUUUUGCCUGACAAUUUACCUGAACAUUGUUAACAAAAACCAUUAUUUGAUUUUACUUCAUUUUUGUUUCACAUCUUUGACCCAAAUAAUCUCCCUCCCCAGGCUAUUCAAGCGGCCAUCAGUGAAGCUUUUAAGACCCCAGAAGUGAUACGUUUGUUUGCCAAAAAACAACCUGGACAGUUGAGAUCAAGAUUGGCGGAUGUAAGUAUGCUUCAUCUUAAACAUUUCUCAGUCUUCUAUUGUCUGACACAUUUUUCUUUGGCUUUCACCAACUAUAGAAUGACUUUAUAUGGACAAAAAUUGUAAUGAGUUCCAAAAGAUUCUUUUAAAAAAUUUUUUUUUAGAUGGCCAAAACGGUGGGCAUUCUACUUAUUCAUCCAAAUGGAUGCUGACUUAAAACUUCAUUGGUUAACUUUCUUUUUUUACUAAGGGUUAUCUCCACCUGUAAAAAUAAUAAGAAUCCUUGUUUUGGGCUGAUGAGUCUAAUCCGGCCGGCUAUAAGCCUGUAGCUGGGGACAGUCCUAGAAAAAUUCAAACCCACUCCCAGUUGACUGAGUCAGAUGUGCCGCUACUGUAGGCCUACAACACCCCUGUUAACUGUGAAACAGAUGUGCCUACAACAGGGCCAGAGUUUUAGUAAUGGAAAGGGAAAAUAAAUCUUGAAGUAGAUGGACAGCAUCUUCAUGAGUGUGUGCAAACAUAUUUUAUUGAGAAUGGAUUUGGAGUUUUUAAAACCUUUUCUUUGAAAGUUUUAUUCCACUCCAACUAAGGCACAAACUUUUGUGUCAAUAAUACUAUUUACAUAUUGUUUGUGUGUUAAUAAUUUUCUUUAACCUGAUAUGAUUUAUUUUGAAAUUGAUAUAUCUUUUUAGCUUGAUAUGAUUUCUUUAACUUGAUAUAUAUUUUUAACUUGAUAUAAUUUCUUUUUAACUUGAUAUGAUUUCUUUAACUUGAUAUAUAUUUUUAACUUGAUAUGAUUUCUUUUUAACUUGAUAUGAUUUAUUUUUAACUUGAUAUAAUUUCUUUUUAACUUGAUAUGAUAUCUUUUUAACUUGAUAUGAUUUAUUUUUAACUUGAUAUAAUUUCUUUUUAACUUGAUAUGAUAUCUUUUUAACUUGAUAUAUCUUUUUAACUUGAUAUGAUUUAUUUUUAACUUGAUAUAAUUUCUUUUUAACUUGAUAUGAUAUCUUUUUAACUUGAUAUGAUAUCUUUUUAACUUGAUAUGAUUUAUUUUUGCUCCAGCUUCUUCUACUGUCAUGACAUUUUUUUCAAUGGUUGAACUUUUGAAAAUCUUUGUUAAAUAUGAGUUUCUAGCAUUGACCUGUUUUAUUGUUGAUAGAUCAGACGAGAUGAAAAGAUCGGAAAACUGCCCAAAGAUCUGGCCAUCCAGCAGUCUGUGGAGAUUUUGACAGCCCUUAAAAAACUGGGGGAGACUUUAACAUCGGAGGAGGUGGCCUACCUGCAGCUGAACUCUUCAGGAAGUCUCAAGGAGUUUGAACGAGUUUCAGCAGACAUAGGUCAAGUGUUGUAGUUAAUACAAUUAUAUUUAUGGGGGUCAUCUCAGUUACACAGGCACGGUCAAUAAGUCAGAGGAAAGGCCUGGUCCAUAAGUCAGAGGAAAGGCCUGGUCCAUAAGUCAGAGGAAAGGCCUGGUCCUUAAAUCAGGGAAAGGCCUGGUUCUUAAGUCAGAGGCAAGGCCUGGUCCUUAAGUCACAGGAAAGGCCUGGUUCUUAAGUCAGAGGCAAGGCCUGGUCCAUAAGUCAGACGCAAGGCCUGGUCCUUAAGUGAGAGGCAAGCAUGGUCCAUUAAUGAUGGGCAACGAUUGGCCAUUAAAUCAGGGCCAAAAUGUUGUCAGUAAAUCAAGAGCAGGCAUUUAUAGGAAUCUGAUUUAUUUCAUGUAACUUACAUUGCUGUUUCCAAAAAGGAAAUAUUGAAAAAAUUUAACAAGGAAUAUGGUAGAUUAUCUACAAAUAAAUUCUGAACUAUCGUGUACAAAGUACAUGUAAAAGUGUACCGUAAUACCAAUGGAUGAUUGUGUUAAAAUUGGAGUGUUCAUUAUUAUUUUUUUUCUGCCCUGUUGGUUUGUUCCAGCUUAGUGUAAUAUCUUAAUUUUAUGUGACAUCCAAGUUUUAUGUGAUAUCUUAAGUUUUACGUGACAUCCAAGUUUUAUGUGACAUCCAAGUUUUAUGUGACAUCCAAGUUUUAUGUGACAUCCAAGUUUUAUGUGACAUCUUAAGUUUUAUGUGACAUCUUAAGUUUUAUGUGACAUCUUAAGUUUUAUGUGACAUCUUAAGUUUUAUGUGACAUCUUAAGUUUUAUGUGACAUCUUAAGUUUUAUGUGACAUCCAAGUUUUAUGUGACAUCUUAAGUUUUAUGUGACAUCCAAGUUUUAUGUGACAUCUUAAGUUUUAUGUGACAUCUUAAGUUUUAUGUGACAUCUUAAGUUUUAUGUGACAUCCAAGUUUUAUGUGACAUCUUAAGUUUUAUGUGACAUCUUAAGUUUUAUGUGACAUCCAAGUUUUAUGUGACAUCUUAAGUUUUAUGUGACAUCUUAAGUUUUAUGCGACAUCUUACGUUUCAUGUGACAUCUUAAGUUUUGUGUGACAUCUUAAGUUUUAUGUGACAUCUUAAGUUUUAUGUGACAUCUUAAGUUUCAGAUGAUUCACACUUUAACUUUUAAUAUUCUUGUUCCUUCAGGAUCAGGUGAAAAAGUUCUGGCCGUAGCAGGGACUCAAGUUGAAAUGGCCAGCAAAUGACCAUCUGUCAAACUACAAACCAAUGCCAUCUCUUUGCUACAAGACAAAUGUUGUUUCCAAAAUAAGGAUUUUGUUAUGUAAAUUUGAAUAUUGCUGCCAUUAUUUGAUGUACACUUGAGUGAUGAUUCUCAUGUUGUAGUAUGUAUGUUAUUUGCAUCAAUUUAAAUUUAAUAUUAGGUACCUGCCAUGCUAGAGUGAGAAUACCUGUAACUGAAUAAACAACUAUAUAAUGCCAUAUAAUUUUGUUGUAGUGAUAAGUUUUCAAAAUAAUAAUUUACAGACAACACAAGGGUAGUCUUCUUGUGAAACCUUGCUGUUUGGGAACCUAUGGUGGGCAAGGGCAAACAUUUUACAAACAGAAUAUUUCCCUCCUUUGAUAGUAUACUUUUUAUAACAGAAUAUUUCCCUCCCUUGAUAGCAAACAUUUUACAAACAAAAUAUUUCCCUCCUUUGGUAGCAAACAUUUUACAAACAAAAUAUUUCCCUCCUUUGAUAGCAAACAUUUUACAAACAAAAUAUUUCCCUCCUUUGAUAGCAAACAUUUUACAAACAAAAUAUUUCCCUCCUUUGAUAGCAAACAUUUUACAAACAGAAUAUUUCCCUCUUUUGAUAGCAAACAUUUUACAAAC